AUCAAUUAUCUCAUUGAAGCUGUGACGUGGUUUAUCCAAGAGAGUAUAUAUAUUUCGUUCGGUUAAUCAGUUCUUUCUCAUUUGUGCAUUAUAAAAUGUUCCGACUGUUGUUGAUUUCUGCCCUCGCUGUUUCAGCACUAGGUGCGAAACUACAAACGCGAACACCGAGACUCGACGGUAGAAUCGUUGGUGGUCAUGACGCCGAUAUUAAGGAAUAUCCAUAUCAGGUGUCUUUGCAAAGUUCAGGUCGUCAUAUUUGUGGCGGUUCAAUUAUUGGCCCAAACAAGAUUCUCACCGCAGCUCACUGCACUAACAGCUUUUCUGCUGAUGUAUUAACCAUUCGCCACUCCAGCUCUAAUCGCGGAACGGGAGGUACGGUGAUCCAAGUGGGCAAAAUUACUCAAAAUCCCGCAUAUGAUCCAUUGGAACUAAACAACGACGUCUGCGUGUUAACCUUAACCGAAAAUAUCAAAGAAACACUCAGCAGCAAACCAAUUCAAAUGGUCGACGUAGAUGCCAAAGAAGGUGAUCGUAAGGCAGUUUGCACCGGCUGGGGCGCCAAUAUAUCCGGGUUAUUCUCUUAUAAAUUGCAAGCCGUUGAGCUUGAUGAAUUCAAUAGGGAGCAGUGCAACCAGAUUUACGAUGGUCGCAUAACAGACGCUAUGCUUUGUUUUCGUAGUCCGGGAAAGGAUUCGUGCCAGGGAGAUUCUGGCGGUCCACUCGUUGUUGAUGGAAAGCAGGUGGGAAUCGUCUCGUGGGGCUACGGAUGUGGUGAUAUGGAGUAUCCUGGCGUGUACUCAAAUGUCGCCUCCCUCAGAACUUUCAUCUACGGUCAACUUGAUUGACUACAAUAUUGACGUUUUUCCUAAUACAUUUCACUUAAUUUCUUUCUUA